AUGUGGCAGUUGCGCGUAGACGGAGCGUCGAACCAAAAGGGAGCUGGAGUAGGUGUCGUCAUCAUCACCCCGGAUGGAACCUUGUUAAAGCAAGCUAUCAUGCUUGGCUUUCCGGCCUCAAACAACGAGGCAGAAUACGAGGCAUUACUCGCUGGCCUGUGCUUGGCAAAGGAACUCGCAAUCAAGAAGCUAGCCAUCUACUCAGAUUCCCAGUUGAUCAUGAAUCAAGCCUCAGGUGAAUACAUGGCGAAGCACCCAAAGAUGAUCGUGUACCUUGACAAAGUCCAAGAGCUAUUGAAGGCGUUUCCUACCUUCAUCAUCCAACAAGUACCCCGGGCAGAGAACGCGCAUGCAGACGCACUAGACAGCCUAGGGUCAGCGCUGGAUACCUAA